AUGGCGAGGCGCACUCUCUUAGAUGAUAUUAAAACUUUCGGGUAUGCGUUUCGUACUGCUUUUAUGAUUCCUAUAGCGUUCAUUUUAAUGAUUCUUUUGCUAAUUUUAGACAAUGAUCCACCAAGUUUACCAUUACCUGACGGUUCUGGCAUUGUCGAUUGCUCAAACAUUAAAGUUACUAAGUUAUAUGCAGAACUUAACCGCUUAAAAGUCGAAUUGCACGUUGAUGAUUUCAUUCAGUACCCAAAACAGCUUGCACUCUCAAUGAUUAAAUUGCGAGCCGAUAUGGAUGGAAUCAUAUUUGAUUAUCCGAUCAAAAACUUCUGGGAUAUCAAAAGCGAUCUUGAAAAUAUUUCAUUUUGUGCACUUCAAACAGUCGCUGGAAAAAUAAACACGUCAUUACUUUGUGACGGUAGAUCGAUUAGAUCUGAAAAUGUUGUUGUUGAAUCAAUUGAUAUCUUUCCAGUUGGAUGGUCAAGAUUAACCUUCCAGCCAAGGACAACAGGCAUAUUUUACUCAAUAUUUUUCUUCAAUGAUACUAUUCUCUUCUCGAUGCAGCCUCCAGGACGCUUAGAUAACCUCAGGAUUUCACCAGAUUACGUUAUGAAAAUGGGCAAAGACCACAAUGCAGCGGAACAAAUUCGUGCUAAGUAUGGCGGUCAAAUGAUACCGAAACAUGCAAUUUUGGUUGCAGCAGAUUCGAAUACAACAUUUAAUUUAAUGAUUGACGUUUUAUAUCCAUUUACAAUUACUUACAAAGACAUAAACUAUCAAAACGCAUACGUUUACCUUCCAAGCCAACGGUUUAAUCACACUUAUUUGUUCAAAAACGUUCCAGGAGUGACAACAUUACGUAACGGCUCAUAUUUAUUCGAAGAAUUGAGAAUUCCACGUUCAUCAGCAUCUACAUUUACUCAAUCCAAAGAAGAUAAAAAUAUUUCGAUUGGAUAUUACGCAGAACAGCUUCAAUUCCUAGCAGCCAAUCAUGUAGAUUUCGAAACCAUGAGGAAAUGGUAUACAAACGCCACUAAAAAGCCAAAAACAGUUGUAUUAGAUAAUUAUACAGAAAUUUUCAAGGAUGAAAUCGAAAAAGUAGCCAAAAUAAAGGUUAAAGUAAUCAAUGAAAAUACAUCCUUCAAAGAAAUUGUUAAAACUCUUGAAUCUGCAUCAGUUUUCGUUUGCGGACAUAUUAAAACAGCAGUUUUUGCUCCAUUUAUGCCAAAAGGAUCAACAUUCAUUGAAGUACCACCAGAUACAUCUAGCUGCGCUGUAGGAUCAGUUUGGAUUGCUAAACAAUCUUCAUUAAAACAUGAAUUUAUUAAAAACAGUUCACCUUGCAACUGCACUUACUACUAUUGCCAUCUUUCAGAUCAGGCAACAUAUAAUGGCAUCAAACUCAACGAUGUUGUCUCAAAAGUACAACAAAACAUGUAA